AUGAACGACUCUGAGCCUGGCCCGGCCACAGGCGAGGAGGGUGGCGGCAGUGGCAGGGAACCCGAGGAGAAAGAGGAGGAAACCGCUGCCGGAGAUGGAGAAGCGGCACAGGGUGGCCGGAAGGCUCGGGGUAGGCCGAGGCUCACCGAAUCCGACCGAGCCCAGCGGCGCCUCGAGUCCCGGAAGAAAUAUGAUGUGCGGCGGGUCUACCUGGGCGAGUCCCAUGGGCCCUGGUUGAACCUGAGGCAGCGCAGCGGCUGGAGCGAUGCCAAGCAGGCCGCUUACUUGCUGGGACUGGAACGGGAGCGGCAGACCGGGCUCCGCGGGAAGCUUUGGGAGCAGAUGCCUUAUGAGCCACAAAGGAAGAAAAGAAGAAGGCGGAAUGUGAACUGCCUGAAGAACAUUGUAAUCUGGUACGAAGACCACAGAAACCGCUGUCCCUAUGAGCCCCAUCUUUCAGGGCUGGACACCACCUUUGAGAUGUACACAACAGCUGUUUGGCAGUGUGAAGCCGGACACUGCUGUUUCCAGGACCUGCGCUCGCCUCUUAAGCCACUCAGUGAGAAUGAGUGUGACAAUGCUGGAAGCUCCGGGAAUUCUGGUGAGAGCUCCAGCUCUGAGGCAGAAGAGCAGCCAGAGAGCCAGAAGGCCAAGCCCCAGGUGCAGCAGCCAUCAGAAAAUAAGGAGGGUGAAAGUGCCAGCGGGCGUAUCACUCAGGAUGGCACCCACAAUCCAUCUGAGCACCAUAUUGAGAACCUGGCAGCAGAGCAGGCUUCUGGCGUGUGCCACAAUCCACCCCUCAGUGGCCCACAGACCAUGGAAACUGUGGCAUGCGUACCAGUGUCCGUGCAGAUGAGUUCGGGCCAUGGGACUCCUUUUGAGAAUGUGACUCAAGAGACACUUAGUGAAGUGGUGGCUAGCUGCCCUGUGCAAGAUGUGAUGCUGGGCUCACAGGUAAUCAUCAUUGCUGGGCCUGGCUAUGAUGCCCUCACAGCCGAGGGAAUCCAGCUGAACGUCACCAGCACAGGAGGAGAGGAGCUGCCCUGUGCCAUGAUUGAAGGUGUGGCAGCUUAUGCUCAGACGGAGCCUGAGAAUGGACAGCCCAGUAGCAUGGAGGCCCUGGAAAGCGUGGAAUACAUCGAAACAAAAAAAGAAAACGAGGAGCUGCUUGAGCUCAAAAAGGAGGAGCCGCAGCCCCCGACAGAAAUAAAGACACCCUGUGACCCAGAGCCAGCCCCUGAGAGUGGGGGGCUGGAACCAGAGUCUGAACCUGAGGAGGAGACAGAUGGCAACAACAUGUCCUCCGUUAUCUAUGAGAUUCCAAAGGAACCUGAAAAGAGGAGGAGGAGGGAAAGGAGCCAUGUGAUGGAUGCAGAUGGCAUGCUGGAGGUGUUCCAUUGUCCCUAUGAAGGAUGCACCCAGGUCUAUGUAGCACUUAGUAGUUUCCAGAACCAUGUUAACCUUGUUCACCGAAAAGGAAAGACGAAGGUGUGUCCCCACCCAGGUUGUGGCAAGAAGUUCUACCUGCCCAACCAUCUCCAGAGGCACAUGAUAAUUCACUCAGGAGUCCGUGAAUUUACCUGUGAGACCUGUGGGAAAUCCUUCAAGCGGAAGAACCACCUGGACGUCCAUCGCCGAACACACACAGGAGAGACACCUCUUCAGUGUGAGAUCUGUGGAUACCAAUGCCGGCAGCGAGCUUCUCUCAACUGGCACAUGAAGAAACAUACCUCAGAAGCCCAGUACAACUUUACUUGCGAGCACUGCGGAAAGUGCUUUGAGAAAUUAUAUAGUGUCAAGUUCCACAAGCUAAAGAGCCACCCGGAUCACAAAGCUACCUGAUCCUGACUAUGAACCUCUUUAUUGAUUGCCCCAAUACAGGUUCCUAACCAACGGAGGGCACUUCUUGCACAUUCACAGCUGGAGAUGUGAUGUGUGCUGCCUGCAGCAGAGGGUUGCAUCCCUUCAUCGGUGUGUUGUGCACAGCUUUUUAAGAACAG